AUGAAGGAUGAGCUGGUUAAUAAAUACGGCAAAGUGUACGGGAGCAACUGGUUGGUCACCGUAGGCGUUGGCAAGUACUACGACCUGUCCUAUAGUGUUAAGGGCGCUAAACAGCGAAAGUUUUUAGACUUUGUCAUAAACGAGCUCAGAUUCACUUCUAUACUACUGGCGCCGACAUUGCCCUUAUUGGCACUGUUGGCGACCGUACUGUCCGUUUGGUUUGCGAUAUUUUAUCGCCGUUUCCGGAAAGUAGUCAAACAGAUUGACGCCAUACCCGGCCCUCCCGUACCCAACAUACUGACAGGUCAUUUGCAGUUUUUUAGGCAGGGCUCCGGUAAAUCCGAUUGGUUUCAACAAAUAUUCAACACUUUUGUCGGUAUAACGAAGUUAUAUCAACAGAAAAAUGAGGGCAUUAUGAGAAUAUGGGUGGGACCCACGCAACCUGUGGUUAUUAUAUUUGAUGCUGAAUUAGCCGAGGUACUGUUAACAAGUAAUACAAACAUCGAUAAAUCACCUGAGUACGAUUUCGCCGUACCAUGGUUGGGUCUAGGAUUGUUCACUAGUACGGGUGACCGAUGGCGAGGGCACCGGAAGAUGUUAACCCCGGCCUUCCACUUCCGAAUACUGGAGAGUUUUGUGCCUAUAAUUAAUAAACAGCAACAGAUUAUGAUGAAGAUUAUCGACGAUAUGUACGCCAAACACGACGGUGUGGUGGACGACGUGAGGCCGUUGAUCACGAACUGCGCCCUCGAUAUUAUUUGCGAGACUGCGAUGGGUGUGAGUAUUGACGCCCAAACUGAUCCGGAGUCUAAAUACUCGAAAGCCGUGCGCAAAGUACUCGACUUGUUUACCGUACGUUUCCUAUCGCCGUGGCUGUGGAACGACACCCUAUUUCAGUUGACACCCACCGGCUUUGAACAAAGGAAAACCAUUAAAUAUUUGCACGAUUUCACCGAUGCUGUAAUUAAACGCAAAAAGGCGGAAAUUAUACAACGACUUAAAGGGAAUGGUGGUUCGGCAUCGGGUGCUAACAUAGACGAGACUAUGAAUGAUAUUGGCACUAAACGCGUGUUGGCUUUCCUUGAUAACUUAUUGACGCAAAAUAUUAAAAAUCCCGAACAGUUUACGGAACGGGAUAUCCGGGCAGAAGUGGACACAUUCAUGUCGGCCGGUCAGGACACCUCGUCGGCCACCACACAGUUCGCCCUACAAUUGAUAGGUCACUAUCCGGACGUACAGGCUAAAAUACACGAAGAGCUGGACACUAUUUACGGUGACAAUCCUACCAGGGACAUUAAAUUUGAUGACCUGCGUCAAAUGAAAUAUCUGGAAAAGUGCAUUAAGGAGGCCCUCCGUAUAUACCCGCCGGUGCUGUUUAUCUCACGGAAGAUUACCGAGGAGUUCAAGAUUAAAGACUAUACCAUACCUAAGGGCACCAACUGUAUGGUACUAUUUUAUCAAUUGCACCGGGAUCCCAAAUACUUUCCCAAUCCCGAGGUGUUUGACCCUGAACGUUUUUCAGCCGAUAGCACUAAUACUAGGCACGCGUUCGCGUACACGCCGUUCAGUGCCGGACCACGUAAUUGUAUCGGACAAAGGUUCGCCUUACAAACUGUGAAAGCAUUGUUAGCAUCCAUAUUACGUAAAUAUCGUAUUACGUCCCUGGUGCCAUUGGACAAGGUCGAGUUAGCCAUCGGUACUACUAUGGGUCCCAAAAAUAAAAUCACUUUGAAGUUUGAGCUUCGCGAAUAA